GUAAAUGUACAAUUGAGCUGCUUGGGAACCCUAAUUGUCGAAUUGUCAGCAGUUUGUGGAUUUGUCAUUUAUUAUUACUACAAUAGUCAGAAAUUUACAUAAAUAUUUUGAAACAUAUAAUCAGUUUUUGCAUAUACACGUACACAUAUUCUAUAUGGCUGUAAAUAAAAUUACAAUUGAAAACUGACUUCUUAUUAAUUUUAUUUUGUUUUCGAAAAAUGGUUAAUUUAGAAUUGUAUAAAAUCAAACUAGAAGAGAUUCGCCAGUAUGCACGUGAAAAUGAUAUUUCAGAGUCUGAAAUUGAUACAACUUUACAAACCUCCUUUCGUAUUCUCAAAAAAAAAGAAAAAAAAUGUAUAUCUUGUUUAAAAAUCAUGAUUUUAAUUUCGUUUAUGACUAUUAUAUGUUUCCUAUCUUUUGAUUCGAGAUUCUUAGCAGUUAUGAUAAUGAGAAAUUUGCAAAAUUCUAUUUAUCCAUCUUUGAAAUUGCUUAGAAAAAUAGCCAUGCCAAUAAUUCAAUAUUAUCCUUCUUUAUCUGAAUUUUAUGAUGAAUGGUGUAUAUUGGAAAAUCCAUAUUUCUAUGUAAAUGAUAUUGAUUGUUGGCCCUGUAGUGUUGUACACUUUGUACCCGAUUUAACUGGUCAUCAUAUAUCUAGAUCCUUUAAUCCUGGAAUUCCAUAUACAAAAACAGAAAAUCUAUCAGAAAUUCGUAUGGAAAAUGUACGACAAUUAUUUUGGCAAAAUUUAAAAGUAUUUGAAAAAGAUGCUAGGAAAGUAUUUUCUAAUAACUUGACCUACAGAAAUGUUCACAGUAUAAUGGAAAGUAAAAUGGAUUUAAAUCCUUCGAAGAACUUAGAUAAUCAUAUCACGUGGAGAAUUAAUCGCAUGACAGCAGGGAGAAUUUUGAGAAAAUUAUUUCCAAAGCCUGAAAGUACUCCAAUUUGGUGGGAACAAAGUAUGGAAAAAUUUAUUUUCUUUGAUGAACAAAAUUCUCCGCCUUAUACUCUGCCAAAUCCCGAGUGCAGUAAUGUAGUGAUAAGAUGUACGACUGGUGCCAGAUUGAUCAAAAUGAUAUCAAGUCCAGAAUGUACUGAAUCCUGUAAACCCUUCACAGUAUUACUAUCCACUGGAAAAACUUUGUGGUACAAUUGGUGGUACUGGCGACCAAUCAGCCUUUCAGCUAUAAAUACAACUAAUGUUUCCAUAAAUUACAUGACUUCAUUUUGCUAAAUUACUUUGCAACGUUAUUUAAAUUAUUAUUUUCUUUGAAAAUAGAAGUUAAUUGCGCAUUAAAACAUAUAUAACAGCAAUUCAAAUUCAGUUUGUCAAGAUUUUAUAAAUCUAAAGUUUUGUUGAUAAAUUCAAUAAAUUGUUACAAUAGAAAUAUAAGAAAGUUUAUAUGAAGAAUUGA